CCCUGCCCUUUUCUUGAGAGCCAAUGGAAACUCACGGUUGAGUUGCAUCAUGUGUCCCAGCAACUCCAGGCAGAUAUUUUUCCAACCCCGGCUCUGCGAUCCUGCGUCCUGGAGCAGCCCCGGUCGAUAGCAGCGCGGCGGUUCAGUUCGCAGGUGGCGAGGCGUUUGGAGCUGGCUCAGCAUGUGGUGCGGGAGCCCAGCCGCAGUGGUGGCCUUUUGCGCUGGGCUUUGGGUCUCUAACCCGGGGCGGGCGCAGGGCCAGGAGGCCGGGGGGCGGCUGGGCGCCGACUGUGAAGUGUGUCAAGAAUUCUUGAACCGAUUCUACAACUCGUUGAUAGCCAGGGGAGUCAACUUUUCUCUGGACACCAUAGAAAAAGAAUUGAUCAGCUUUUGCUUGGAUGUCAAAGGAAAAGAAAACCGCCUGUGCUACUAUCUAGGAGCAACAAAAGAUGCGGCCACAAAGAUCCUAAGUGAGGUCACUCGCCCAAUAAGUGUGCACAUGCCUGCGGUGAAGAUUUGCAAGAAGCUGAAGAAGAUGGACAGUCAGAUCUGUGAGCUGAAAUAUGGAAAACAAUUGGAUUUGGCAUCGGUGGACCUGUCCAAGAUGAGAGUAGCAGAGCUGAAACAGAUACUGUACAGCUGGGGAGAGGAGUGCAGGGCCUGUGCGGAAAAAACCGACUAUGUGAAUCUCAUCAAAGAACUGGCACCCAAGUACACAGCGACAUACCCCAAAGCAGAACUCUGACCCCGGGAAGCUGGUGCACCACUGAUUGUGAUUAGAGACAAAAUGCCUCUCAAGGAUACGGACGCAUUUGUUGAGAGGAACAAGGAACUGCAAUGUGUGUGGUCUUGGACUUCUUGUUUUGAUAUUACACCUCAGGAUUGCUUACCUGGGUUUAUAAGUAGAACUGCUAGUAUUAGUGGUUUCUUAAAUCUGCAGUGUACCAAAACCUACAAGUGCCUUUCUCAUGAUUUUCUCGUAUGUGAAUUAUCAUUGCCUAGCUCCUAAAACGGGGAAAAGUGAACCACUGAAAAAUCAGUGUAGUAAAUUGAUUCUAAGCAGGAAGAGACUGCUCAGAGGCUCCUAUCUGUGCACUAAUUUUUAAUUAAAUAUGUUGGAUUAGAGAAAGACAAAUAUCAUAUGAUAUCACUUAUAUGUGGAAUCUAAAAAAAGGGUACAAAUGAACUUAUCUACAAAACAGAAAUAGAGUCACAGACAUAGAAAACAAACUUAUGGUUGCCAGGGGGUAAGUGGGGGGAGGGAUAAAUUGGGAGAUUGGGAUUGACGUAAACAGACUACUAUAUAUAAAACAGAUAGCUAAUAAGGACCUACUGUAUAGCACAGGGAACUCUACUCAGUACUCUGUAAUGACCUAUAUGGGAAAAGAAUCUAAAAAAAGAGUGGAUACAUGUAUAUGUAUAACAGAUUCACUUUGCUGUACACCUGAAAGUAACACAACAUUGUAAAUCAACUAUACUCCAAUAAAAAAAAAUGUUGGAUUAUGACAAAAGAAAUGAUGUUUAGCUUAUCUAACUCCAACUUCAACCCAAAUGAUAACCUGGAAUAAUCAAAAGUCUUUUAAAAAGUAAACUUUGUGUUUUUAACUGUAAAUCACUCUACCUUCUAGCUCUCUUUGGUAUCAGAAAUAGGAGGGCAGGAAGCACUACUUGAAAUUAGUGUUUCCCAGGUGAAGAAAACCUUUUCAAAACCUAUUUAAACCUACUUAGAAUAGAUCAAGAAUCCACACGAGUACAGCCAACGUUUUAGCGAAUUGUAUCCACACUCACAGUGUUAACUGAACCAAGCUCAAAGUCAUUUGCCCUUCUUCCUAUCACACAUUAGACAAGCUUUUGAUAGAGGAUUAAAGAAUAUUAAGAGCACCUGUGGACAACAUGGAGCUUUAUGGUUCUUAGUGGUAUUUUAUCAGCUUUAAAUUGUAAAAUCAUUUUUGGUUCCAUUUUCUGGCCACACAAGAAUAAGAACCCCACUGUAGACAUGACUGCCUCUCUGUGGCAGGUGGAAGUGGGGAAUGACUGCAGGGCAGCUGGAGGGAAUGUCCUGGGGUGAUGGGAAUGUCCUGAAUCUUGAUUGGGCUGAUGGUUACAUUGGUGAAUAUGACUGUCCAGUUCAUCCAGCAGUACAAUUAAUAUAUGGGCAUUUUGUUGUAUGUAAAUUAUACCUAAAAUACUGCUGUAGAAAAAUUAUUUGAAAAUUAAGUAAAAUCAAUGGAUUCAAAACAUCUUGUUUCUUUAAGAAUUGCAUUUGCUUACAGUUGCCAUGUGAUCCAGCAAUCCCACUCCUGGGUAUAUCUCCCUCCUGGGGAUAUACCCAGACAAAACUAUAAUUUGAAAAGAUACAUGUAUCCCUAUGUUUAUAGCAGUAAUAUUUACAAUAGCCAAGAUGUGGAAACAACCUAAAUGUC